ACGGAAAAUGAAAUAACGGACGGCGCUCGGUGAAAAUCCCGUCCUCUUCCGCACCGCGAAACCGGCGAAGCGAUGUACCGAGCGGCGGCGAAGGCGGCGGCGGCGGCGGCGGCGCUCCUCCGCGGGGCGGGGGACGCCGCCAUCCGCCGCAAUGCGCGCGUUCCAUCGCCCCUCCUUCGGGCCGGCAUCGGCGGCCGCCCUCGCUUCUCCACCUCGGUGGACGCCCACCAAUCGUCGCCGGGUCAGAGCCCUAACGAACACCAGAGCCACCAGCACGCGAGACCGGGAACUCCGUAUUACGUGGACUCCACCGGGCCGUCGUCGUCGUCGGCGGCGGAGGCCGCGGCGGCAUCGGCGUCGUCGUCGUCGUCGUCGUCGGCGGCCGAGGAAGCUCGGCGCCGCCAGAGGAGCAGUCCGUUGGGGGAUUAUCGGGAGGAGCAGCGCCGCGUGCUUCAGGCCUCUCUCCGACACGUGAAAACGUUGGGAUGGUCUGAAGCAGCCAUGAUUGCUGGGGCGAGGGAUGUUGGUCUGUCGCCUUCAAUAGUUGGAUCUUUCCCAAGGAAAGGAGCUGCAUUGGUCGAGUAUUUCAUGGAUGAUUGCUUGCAAAGGCUUAUUGACUGCAUCGACUCUGGAGAUGAAUUAAAUCAGUUGAUUCCUAGUGAGAGGAUUUCCAGAGUCAUUAGGAUUCGCCUAGAAAUGCAAAUUCCUUAUAUAUCAAAAUGGGCUGAAGCUCUUGCCAUUCAGGCACAGCCAUUGAAUGCUCCAACUAGUCUUAAGCAGCGGGCAAUGUUGGUAGAUGAGAUAUGCCAUGCUGCCGGGGAUGACUCCUCUGAUAUUGAUUGGUAUGUAAAGCGCACUGUUGUUGGAGGCAUAUAUUCAACUUCUGAGGUGUAUAUGCUGACUGAUAGCUCCCCAGAGUUUCGUGACACAUGGGCAUUUGUGGACAAUCGAGUGAAAGAUGUUUUUGACUUGAAAAAAUCCUUCCGAGAGGUGACACAUUUGGCAGAGGCUGUCGGUGCGGGAGUGGGAAGUUCCUUGCAAGGAUUUGUUAGGGGAGUUAUGCAGAGAUGAUAUUCUGUGCAUCAUGGCUUGAACAAAUUCCUUCUGAUGCUGAGAGCCCAAGAACUAGUGGUUGGCCUGGUCUGUAUUGUCCGCGUGCCCAUCUCCUCGAGGCCAUCUUCAUCAUUUCAGCAUGGAAGCCAUCCUAGGAGAAUAUGCAGGUCGCAUAUAUGGAGUUUUUUGACUGCUCAAAUUUGUUCUUUUUAUGCUUUUUGCUUGUCCACCCUUUUCCUUCACUUUGCUAAUAGUCGCAACGACAGUGUUACGAUUAUUUAAAGCUUUCUUGUUUCGUUGAGUAGGGGAAAUCACAGGCUUGUUGGACACUGAUGCAUCAAUAAGGCCGCUUAUGGGCAAUGAUUAGAGUUAUUGGUAAUAGGAGCCUGUUUGGUAUA